AGCGUCCGCAAAUUCUAGAGUCGUGGGAGCGGGGGAGCGAUAUUCAGUGCGCUUGUCAUCAUCUUCGGCAUCGACGUCAUCAAAGAGAAACUCAAACGGUGCGACGACGAUUUCUCCGGGACGCAUCCGGGAGUGGGAGGCUGCGUGCCUGAAAAGCGACCUGAAUAGGGACUUUGCAAAGAUUGGUAAAUCUAAACCGGGUUCAUGGUUGGCGGAGCACGAAGAGGCAGGGCAAACGGUGAAGACCUUCGUGCAGAGGACAGCGGGGAUGUUUGCGCGUCCGACGGCGACGACAAGCGCUCUGUACUUGCAGCCGCUUGGGAGUGUAGAGUUUUGCGGGAUGAAAAAGGCGCGAAGGUCGUCAUCUGGUAGUGCGUCGACACGGGGUUCUGCGCGAGAGGGAAAGGACAAAACAAGUGACAGUGAGGACGCCUUCGCUGCAAAAAAAUGUCCUACUGAAACAUGCGAAUCGAAAGCGGAUGUGAAGCAGCAAAUCGCAGAGUCUGUGGGGUCCUCUCAAGUGGCACUGCAAGUCAAGACGUUGCCUCGCUCGCUUCAGCAAGAGUUCGAAUGUGACCCUCGUGACGAAAAGUUUUUUCUAUCGCAAAUGCGCCAUCUAACCAAUCAGGAUAGCGAGUUCCUACGUCUGCUUGAAGGUUUCCUUAGCGCUUUCUUUCCUGGUAUGCGGAUACGCAUUCUCCCGUAUCGAACUCUCGAUAUCGAGUCGCCCGUCCGGCCUGUGGGAACUAAAGCCACUUCGGCAGAGGGUGUGAAUAUUUCAGCGAGCAGAGGCGCUUCCACUCGUAGAAAACGAGAUACUUCCGACCCGAGUACAACUAAGGAGAAGUCCUCUGGGGUAACUAGUAUAGUCCAGUCCCGAUUCGAGCAUUUGGGACAGCAUCAAUUACACGGAGGCGACAUCAUCCAUAAGGCCCUUCCGAAGUGGCGGCUGCCUUUGCGUGACGCAUAUGCUUUCUUAGGAAUGACUUUCGAAGAUCUGUAUCCGAGAGACGAGUGGAAUUUCUGUUUUGGUGUAGCGGAAAUGCUGGGGCGAAACGGCGUUUUUUCCUUCAAUCGCUACACAAGCCGUAGGAUGGAGAGCGACGAGGCUUCUUCAUCUGAUAUUUGUGCACUUGACAGAAGUAGAAAAGAUGCUGAAGGUGAGGAGCAAGCUGCAAUCGGGAAGCCCGCUUCGCCAACAUCAGAAGCUGCUAGCUUGGGUGCAAAGAAAGCCAUCGUUUCUCGCGCGCGUCUGCUAAAGCGAGCGGCAAAGGUGAUGGCGCAUGAGCUCUGCCACUGUUUCGGCAUGAAACACUGCAUCUUUUUUAACUGUCUAAUGCAGGGUAGCAACAGUGGCCCCGAGGCAGAACGCAAGCCACACUUUCUUUGUCCUGUGUGUCUCACAAAACUGUUUUACUCGUUGGAGUUCUCUGCCGUGGACAGGUAUCGGCGGCUGCAGCAGUGGGUCGACACAGUGAUCGAAACUCAACCCAGUACUCUGGAUAAAGAGAUGUACCAAUUCGUGUUUGGAAAUUGGUCAAAAUGGUACGCCCGGAGAAUCGAAUCAACUGCACAGGCUUUGGGCGGAUCUUCAUCGUCCAAUGAACAGUGAUCAACAUCAUGCACAGCUGUACGUAGCGAAUUGCACAUAUUGCUCGCAUUUCUUGAACAAGCCGUAAUAGAGGUUUUGUCAGCUGCUUAAUAAGGACUUUCAUGAUCCUCGUCCCUGUUGUCGAAGCGCGAACGAAGAACUUUAGAAGGACAAUUCUUUUUAUGUUUCGGUCAUGAAGGGACGUGCUCA